AUGUCAAAAAAUGGAGCAGCAGAUGCUUUAAAAACUUUUGAACUUGAAAAUAACAUUCAAACCAUAGAUCAUGAUCAAUUAUUUAAAUAUGAUCCUCAACAAUAUCAACAAUUUUUACAAUCAAAACCAUGGUCAAAAGAUCCUCAUUAUUUUAAACAUGUUAAAAUAUCAGCAAUUGCAUUAUUAAAGAUGGUUAUGCAUGCUAGAUCUGGUGGUAAAUUAGAAGUUAUGGGUAUGUUAAUGGGUAAAGUUGAAAAUAAUACAAUGAUCAUUAUGGAUUCAUUUGCAUUACCAGUUGAAGGUACAGAGACAAGAGUAAACGCACAAGUUGAAGCUUAUGAAUACAUGGUUGAAUAUCUUGAAUUAAUUAAACAAACUGGUAGACUUGAAAAUGCUUUAGGUUGGUAUCACAGUCAUCCAGGUUAUGGUUGUUGGUUAUCUGGUAUUGAUGUUGGUACUCAAUCUGUAAAUCAACAAUAUUCUGAACCAUGGUUAGGUAUUGUUAUUGAUCCAACACGUACAGUUUCAGCAGGUAAAGUUGAAAUUGGUGCAUUUAGAACAUAUCCACAAGGUUAUAAACCACCUAAUGAAGGUCCAUCAGAAUAUCAAUCAAUUCCAUUAUCAAAGAUUGAAGAUUUUGGUGUACAUUGCAAACAAUAUUACUCUUUAGAGAUUACCUAUUUCAAAUCAUCUUUAGAUCAACAAUUACUCGAUAAACUUUGGAACAAAUAUUGGGUUAAUACUCUUUCUUCAUCACCAAUUUUCAGUAAUCGUGAUUAUAUUACAGGUCAAAUUAAUGAUCUUAGCGAAAAAUUAGAACAAGCUGAAACUCAACUCAGCCAUUCAAGAUCAAGUAUUUUAGAUAAAAAGAAAGAAGAAAGUUUACUUUCAAAAGUUAGUAAAGAUAGUUCAAAGGUCACAAUAGAACAAGUUCAAGGUAUCAUGUCUCAAGUAUUUAAAAAUUCUAUUUUCAACGAAUGUCAAACCACCAAACAAUAA